AUGUGUUCGAUGGGAGUCGGAUUUACCGCGCAGUAACCACUUGACAAGUUUUGGGUUUCAAGAAACGACUGUACCGGUUUGUGGAAUAUAAAGCCGGGAUUGGGUGUGGGGUUUCCGGUCACUUUGUCCAUGUUUUCCCUUCUAAUUUUUGUUUUCCUUUUCCCCAUUGUUAAUUGCCAUGUAAGCACAAUUAUGUACAAGAUGCAUUAAUUAUUACAUUUAGAAUAUAAAUUUUACCGAACCUGAGUUAGAGAGGCACAAAAGAUCGUGUGCUUGUGUCUCACAGUACACCCCGGUCAAUUGCAAGUGUCAUCAGUCAUCAAAUACCACGGAAUUGUUAUGUCGGUAGGUCGCUUUUUACAUUGGCCAAAGCCGAUGUUCCAUGGCGUGACGUCACCAAAGAUCAGUCAAAUAAUUUUUUAUUCUAAAAAUUUACAGUUGCGAAAAAGCUCAGUUAGCCCCACAAUGUAGCUGUGCCCCCUCCGCAUCGACGAUUUGCUCUCCAGUUUGUCAACAACAAUGCGUGCAAGCUUGUUUGGCUCAGCAACAAUCCCUCGAUGGUUGUCAGAACACUUGUCAAUCCACUUGUUCCCAUGCUUGCCAACAACUGCAGCCUCCCUCUCCUGGUUUCAGUUCUUCUGUAGUCUAUUCCGUCCCUCCAGGAGUUCAAGUUCCCCAAUAUACAGUCCCGCCCAUGCCCCUGCCUCAGCCAAUUCUACUUUCUACCCCUCCCACUUGUCAUUGUGCUCCUGAUCAGCCCAAUGUCCCUCAUUGUACCGAACAAUGUGUCCGGAACUGUCCAGCAGGUCAGCUCCAAUGUUCCCAAACGUGUUCAUCUUCUUGUGAGAGUGCUUGCCUCAAACAUCACACCGUUGAUCAGCCCAUUCUCUAUUCUGAUUGCUCCACAAAAUGUGUUCCGUCUUGCCGGAAGGCAUGCGUUCGACCUCAGGAGAGUGCCCCGAAUGGAGUGGCCUGUCAAGAUGCUUGCGUUGGAAUGUGCCAAGCUAAUUGCCAACUGUCUUCUUACAAUAAUAUCAUGAAGAACGAACCGAUGCGGAGCCCAGCGUCCUCUACUUCACCAGUCUGUGCUCCAAGUUGUAUGCCUAUUUGUGAUGCUGGAUGUUUGUCUAGAUUUAUGGAGCAAUUCUCUGAACCGAUUCCUUUGAAUCCACCUAGAUGGAGGAAGAAUGGCGAUCCUUCAAGUGACGAAAAGAUCAACAGAAACGAGAAACGAGAUCAGGUAAUGACAACUACAGUCACAACGGCCAGCAGAGCGUCCCCAACAGAGCUAACGGCGACUGGAAGGACUCUCGAACCAAGGCUGGAGAACCUGUUGGCCCCAUUAAUGGAUGAACCCGAACCCAGCCCGAUCGCGCCAUUGUUUCACCAAGUGCACUUCAGACCACAGGAAUCCACCGUAGUUCAAAAUGUGCCUCCAAGACCUCAAAAUCACGAGGAAUAUGAUCCCAACCGUCAAGGUUAUUAUCGACAGUUUCGUCCCCAAGGAAAUCAGGAUUCAAGAUACCCGAUUCAAGCUUAUCAAAAGACCUUUUCGUUUCCUCCACAUCAACCACUCCUAUCACAUCCUAUCCGGCGACCUAUGCUUGCUCCGACCUAUUACCAACCGAAUAACCGCUCCAGAAUUGAGCCCAAAAUAUACCAGCAGCUUUAUACUGACCCUCAAUUUGGCCCCACAUUGGCCUUAAAUAUACAAUUUCCAACGCCGACUAAAGGAUGCGCCCCAGGCUGUCAGCCUCAAUGCACGGUGCAAUGCAUUGAAAGAGGUAUGGAUGGGAUUACGGUAACAGCCACGGAAGCCAGAUCGUUUUUCCAACGGAGAUUUUCAAAACAAGGGAUUAAUCGACAAGUAAAAAGCAACCAGAUUAUGUUUACCAAUCCCAAAGCAGUAGAUCCGGACGAUAUGAAGUUUAUUUUGGACCCUCAGAAUGAUGCGCCUCAUGUAAGGUUUCCCUAUUUAAUCCCCUAUCAAAUAUCUAAUUCGUAAUCAAAAAUAUAGAAUGUGCUCAUUUCAGAGCCCUAUGACUAAUUGUGUCCCCGAAUGCACUAGAGUUUGUAAACGAGAAUGUCUAAAACAAGACUCUGGCGUUCUCCAAUGUUACAAACAAUGUAACCAAGAAUGCAUGGCCAGAUGUCCUGAACGGACCGACUAA